GGCAAGCCUAAAGUAAACUGUUGGUUUCGUCUUGGCGCCGGAGGGAGAGAGAAGCCGAGGGCGAUUUCCAGUGAAGCCGCUGCGAGCGACCUUCUCUCUAGACAAGGAAGCACAUGUGUUGAAUGAGAAGUGCAGUACUGCUUUUCCCCUCACUGGCCCAGAGUUCAUGGGAAAACCCAGUUUUUUUUCAGGAUUGUAAUCAUAAAACCCAUGAAAAAGCUUCAUGGCCAUCUCAUUGUUUCUGGGCUGUACAACUGCCAAUAUGCAAUGUCCAAGAUUCUCAGAUUUUAUGCUGUUCUGCAACCAGAUUUGGUUUCUGCUCAUAAAGUAUAUGGGCAGAUUGAAGCACCAACAACUUAUCUUUGUAAUAUCAUACUCAGAGGACUUACUCAAAGUAAUGCACCAGAAGAUGCAAUUGCUUUCUACAAGAAGGCUCGAGGAGAAGGUAUGGUGCCAGACAACCUGACAUUUCCAUUUGUAGUGAAGGCUUGUGGAAGAUUUAAUGCUCUUAAGGAAGGGAAACAGAUGCACAACCAUGUACUGAAAUAUGGGCUUCUUUCCGAUAUCUUCGUUUCCAAUUCGCUGAUUCAUCUGUAUGCUGCUUGUGGUGAUUUGUGCUGUGCGAGAUCUGUCUUUGAUGAGAUGCUAGUUGUGGAUGUAGUAUCCUGGAAUUCCUUGAUAUGUGGAUAUAGCCAGUACAAUAGACCGAAAGAAGUUUUAACGUUAUUCAAGUUGAUGCAUGAUGGAGGAGUAAAAGCUGAUAAGAUUACUAUGGUCAAGGUUGUUUCUGCAUGCACUCGUCUAGCAGAUUGGAGCAUGGCAGAUUGCUUGGUUAGGUACAUAGAGGAUUACUGCAUAGAGGUGGAUAUUUACUUGGGUAAUACUUUGAUAGUAGUACAUUACUAUGACAGGCAGGAUUACUGCAUAGAGGUGGAUAAUUACUUGGGUAUUACUUUGAUACAUUACUAUGACAUGCAUGGGCAAUCAGCGGAAAGAAUUUUCCAUAAUAUCAAGGACAGGAAUGUUGUGACACUGAACGUGAUGAUCAUAGCAUAUGCAAAAGGAGGGGGUAUGGUCUCGGAAAGAAAACUAUUUGAGGAAAUUCCUAACAAAGAUCUGAUCUCAUGGAGCUCUAUGAUAUCUGGAUAUUCACAAGCUAGUCAGUUCUCUGAUGCUCUGGAACUCUUCACAGGCAGAUGCAGAGAGCCCAGGUGAAACCAGAUUUGAGGAAAUUCCUAACAAAGAUCUGAUCUCAUGGAGCUCUAUGAUGUCUGGAUAUUCACAAGCUAGUCAGUUCUCUGAUGCUCUGGAACUCUUCAGGCAGAUGCAGAGAGCCCAGGUGAAACCAGAUUUGAGGAAAUUCCUAACAAAGAUCUGAUCUCAUGGAGCUCUAUGAUGUUUGGAUAUUCACAAGCUAGUCAGUUCUCUGAUGCUCUGGAACUAUUCAGGCAGAUGCAGAGAGCCCAGGUGAAACCAGAUUUCAGGAAAUUCGUAAGAAAGAUCUGGUCUCAUGGAGCUCUAUGAUCCCUUGCUAAAUUUUCUUGGAGUGUCUUAGGCCAAUUAUUAGGGUGUAAUCGGUUUCCAUCUAACUUCGCGCAAUUGUUCGGUAUCCUUUAUAAUAUUUUGGGGCAGCUGCGUAGGCUAAUCUGGAUACUUUUUAUUGCGCAGUCUUGGGAUCUUUGGCAUGUCCGAAAUAAGCUUCGCCCAAUCGCCCCCAGACUCCCCAAGGAAACAGAAUAGCAAACCCCAGCUAGCGCGGAAUCUAAUCAAGAUGUCACCGCCGCCGCCGGCCACCGAUGGCAGCUGCACUCUCUUCCGAUGCUUCUGCUGCUGGCGUCGUCGGUGCUCUCCACGGAUCCCGCGCGUCGCCCCUGGCAGGGACUACGUGUGCAUACCGGCUGGCGCGGAUGACCGCCCCGCGUGGUCGCUGCUUGUAGGCUUCCGGGCAGACUCCGGCCUCCGCCUACACCGCUUCCGCGUCGCACUGUCUGGUCGCAUCCUCGGCCGGAGCAACGACGCCCUCGAGAUCUUCCACCACUUCGACAGCGAUCGCGCCGCCUCCACCUGGGGCGCGAACGCCACGCUAAGCCCCGACGGCCGCUCCCUCUGCAUCUUCUGUUCGAAACGGCUUGUCGAUGCUGAGUCGAAAGUCAUAUCCGCCCCAGUUCUGGAGCUGCAGCUGCAGGACGACAAGAAAACCAUCGCCCAACUCCCUACCGUGCUGCUAGGGCGCCUCAUGCAUUGCCGCCCAGUCACGGUCGGCGGUGACAUCUGGGCACCCUACUUCCACCUGAUUCCUCACUCGCCGUGCCGCCUCGUCAUGCAACGCCUCGACAGGGGUGAUGGCAGGUGGGUGGUGGCCGGCACCAUCGAAUUCCCUUACGAGAUGGAAAACCCCAUGAAGUGGGGUGGCAGCAUCUUCCAGGGACACGCCGUUAUACAUGACACCAUCUUGGUGUCGCUGCGACCAGCUCACCUGCUCUUCAGCUUCAGUUGCUCCACCUGCACCUGGACGGCCAUCACCACGAUCACCAACAAAACUACUACUAGCAGCAAGAAUCCAUCCUUUCGUACCAGAAGCGAGAACACCUCCACUAGCAAAGAUACUACUCGCUUGGAUACAGCGGUUUCGUCCUCUGCCCCUAUAAAUCCAAGCCCAGGGAGUAGCAGCAAGAACAUCUCCCGUGACAACACUACCAGCAGCAUAAACACGUCCAGUGGCAGCAGCACUACCCUAUCGGGUGGCACCACCAGGGUUGGCAAGUAUGUUCCUAUUCGUGACCGCGGUGUAUAUGUCGAAGAAGAUGAUGCCAUUUACUUCCUCCAGAAAUCCACCAUCUAUGCCUACAAGCUGCAUGGCUGUGGUCAGGGUCAGCAACCGCUGGUAGAGCUGAAGCCGCCUACCAAGAUCGAUUCUGUUUGUCCUUUCUAUCCUGAUGGUUUUGGCUUACUCACGCAUUUGGGUGGCAGAGUCAUGUGCUCUGUCUGGAUCAGCGUGGCGCGUGACUGCUCAUGUGACAAGUAUCAUGUAAUCAUCUCCACCUUUCAAGUAAAAUAUUGCAGCACUGGGAUCGCCAACGGCAUUGAGAUCUUACAUUCCACCUGUCGCCAGUUAGACAUGUUCCCGUGCAAGCCUACUGUACUACCCGUCCAUGAAUUCUGCUUUCUGCAGGAGUAUGAGGAGUACAACCACGAGAAUGCCAUGGCACCUUCGAGGCUACUUGAGGGCAUUGAAGAUUCAACCAGCUACGAUGCCGAAGAUUCCUCUGAGAUGCUUGCUUGUUGCAGGAAGUUUUUAUAUAAACCGUCGUUCCCAAGAUGCUAUGUGCUUCGGGAGCCUGCUUGUCGGAUUAACAGAGAUCUAUACAUCAUGUGCCAAGCUGGCUCUCGUUUGAUUGUGUAUCGGACUGAAAUCGUAGACGGAAGGUUACUGCUCAGUUGCAACUACAUUCCUCUCAGGCUGCAUCUUGAUAUGAACAUAAUUAUGCGUGAUAGUAACACAUCUGGGUGGCAGAGUCAUGUGAUGGAACAGCCUUCUCUGAGGUAUUUCAUGGUCAGGAGCUUAACAAACAUCUAUGCUGUGUCAUACAAACCAGAUGACAUCUGUGAGUUUGAACUUAGUAGGCCAUCUUCCAAUUUGCUUAAAACUUCAAGGCCUGCUGGUGUUUGUUUUGCCGUGGUUCUUCAUGUAGGUCAUCGCAUUGUUGCUGUCACUCAUUCUCUCGAAGUUUACCUAUUUGUGCCUCCGACAUCCAGGUUUUGUGCUCCUACAGACUGUUGGAAGCAUCACAAGACAAGUCGUCCUGAUCAUUUUUUGAACAGGAGUUUUGAUCUGUCAGGAUAUGUUGUCUUGGGUGCUGAUACCUUCAUAGUUUCUGACGACAAAACAUGCAGGUGUUUUCUGCUUAACCUGAAUGUCAGAGAAUGGGAAGAUGUUUUACCUGAUGUUGAAAGUAGGACCUUGCUAAUUCAUGAUCCGCUUAUCUAUGGAAGGCAACGUUUAAAUGGGAGAUCCAUAUAUUUUGCUGGUUAUAUCUACUCAUGCACAAAUUGGGGCCUUGUUGCUUAUGACUUUCAUGAUGGCCUCCUCCACGAUGAAAUCAGUUUGCCAUUUUCAUGGCGUAAGACUACUUGGGAGGGCGAAAGCAUGUGCUUGGAUUUUGUUGGUGCAGAGCAAGGUGCAGUUGUAUUUUGUGUAGUGCAAGGUGAAUGUUUCUCUGGUCCUCACGGCCAGGAUGUGUAUGUCACCAUUGUCCAAGUUAAGACGACAAAAACGCCUGUUGGUAAAUUUAGACCAGAGAGUAUCGAUCACGUGGAUAUUGCUACAUGUUUAAUUCCGCUUGAAGACGGGGUGGUCAGUACUAGGAGCUGUUUUUCAGUCGAGCAUUGAUUCGUGGUGCUUCAUUAUUUGUAUAUCACACGAGUUCUCAAUGCACUGUAAUAUUUAUAACACGCUGUAUCUA